AUGGCGUUCACCAGACAAGAUCCCUCUGGCCGCAAGCUCAACAUGCCUCCAUUCAACAAGCCCAUGGUCCCUCCUCGCAGAUCUCAUGAACUUCUAAGCCACCAAAUCCCCUCCCAGCACCUGCUCUACGACCCUUUCUUUGGGCCUCCUCCAAACUCACCUCACAAUACUAUACCUAUUCCUUUCGCUUCAAAUUGCCUCACUCCGGUGCCUGUUAACUCGUAUCAAAUCCAGCAGCCGGGAGCCACGUCAACUUUCUUCCCUCCAUCCAGUCUUCCCCUGAUGAAGGCUGGCCAGUAUUUCCCUGGCUACGCUCCAGAGGCUGGGGAUUUCCCCAAGCCCAUUGACAGAGUUGCUUUGCCAAGCGAGAUGCCAAUUGGUAGUGUAGUUCACUCCAUGAAACCCCCAACCUGGGGCGUCAUCAAGAUUGCAAAUAUACCUUACUCCAUCACUAAGCAGGAGAUUCUGCAGUUCGUGGGGAGACAGGCGCGGCUUGUUCCGGGCCAUGCAGUCCACAUCAUCAUGGAGCGUCCGACCGCUAAGACUAUGGACUGCUUCGUGGAGCUUCAAUCCCGCGCAGAUGCAGAGGAGACCACAAAGCGUAUCAACCGGAUCUUUGAGACCGGACGUGCGCCUCGACUUGGCAAUCGACAUGUAGAGGUCGAGCUCAGUAGCCAGGAUGACCUACUCAAAGACUUGUUCCCUCGUGCGAAGUGUGUAAGCUGGAAGAACGGCAUGCCUAGCGUUCUGCAAAACACGGAUCCUUAUUCCACUGGUUUCGCGGGCUUUUUUACGACCGAGGAGAUCAUUGGUGCAAUUCGUCAUGCCGAAAUGCCUCAUCGUUCUCCGUUCUGUGCCAAGUGCCCUCAACGCACUUAUGAAUCAACCAUAAGCACGCUUUACAAAUUCCCUUGGUACGCAACCGAGCUCUACACUGUGCAUGACCGUAACCAGUUAUUCGAGCUGGCGAACCGUCAUAUAAUUUCUCUCGUUUCUCGGAUGAAAAAGUCAAAUACUGUUGGACUUGACCAACGCCUGCUACGCGAGCUUCUUCAUGCGGGACUCAACUGCCCUGCGUUCAAUGAGCGCCAGAAGUAUACUCUUUGCGUUAACUCUGAAGAGGAAAGCGAGAUCCUGAAAAUACCGGACACUAGCAAAUGGUUCCCUUUUGAUGCUUUGGUCCAGAUGCCGAACUUUGAUCGUGGCACCCGCAUGUACUAUGCCGGGUUGAUUGCCAAGGGCACAGCCCAGGAUGCCAGCCAUGAGCUGCCGAAUAGUUUUCCCGUAACCAACUUCAACCUUAUCUCACCCUUCGGCCGAGUGUGGUAUGAAUGGCCAACCGAUGUCGCUAAGCGCAUCGCUUGGGAGGAUGCCGCGCAGCAUGAAACCGCUGUGCUUUCCAGCCUGGUGUUAAGCGGCUGGAUGAAUACGGUUCACAAACCACUCUCGGGUGGCAGCACUCAUAGCAACAUCACUCUCUCCUCUCCUACUACCGAACAAAGCGCGCCCCACACCGAUAACUUGUCCCGAAUUGAUAUCAUGCAAGCCUCGUCGCGGCGUGCCAGCGAAUGCUGGAAUAGUGGCAGCGCUCCGUUUGGCGACAUCGAAGGUUGUUGGGGCGAGAAGCUUCUUUUUAAUCCAUCGAGCAGAUUCCGAACCCCCUUCCACCGUAUCACCCACUCCUCUCCGAAUUGUUUCUCUAAAUGAGACCACUGACGUUGGCAAGCGCAGAAGCAAGGCCAACAGGAUAUGCCGUGUUGGGCCGCCUUUGAAC